AUGGGGACUCAAGGAGAGCUUCGGGAAGAUUGGCGGAGGAGACAGCGAGAACAGCUGUUCUUCUUGACAUCAUCGACCUCGCACGAUCCGCUACCGGUCCCAACAUUCAAGUCACCGAUAUCCAUCCACGAACCAGAUCGAUGCCGUUCAUCGCCCGACGAUCGCAAUCUUUCUGCGUUCUCUGAACCUAACAUCUCCACAUCUCCUCCGGUCUCGCAAUGCACUCCCGGAUCAUGA